ACCGUGACAGGCAUGAUUGGAAUGGUGGCACGGGGAGAGGCACACCUGGCCAUUAAUGAAAUAACGAUUACAGCUGCCAGGGAGACGGUGGUGGACUUCACGCGGCCUUACUUCAUGGAGGCGUCGGGUUGUGCCUCGCGGGCCCCGAAGGAGAGGAGUCGCGCCUUCGCCGUUCUCUCCCCCUUCAAACUAGAGGUUUGGGCGGCCAUCGGGGUCAGCGUGGUCCUCAUCGGCUUUGUUCUGUGGGUCAUGGGCGCCGUGAGCGACUUUUACGGCGACAGGAGCGAGGACAUAGCCACCAGCAGCGCCAACCCGCCACUGCGCGACCUAACCUUCAACAUGUACAGCAGCCUUCUGGGCCAGAAUGACCGGCUGGCGGCUACACUUUGGCCCCUGAGACUCGUUAUCGUGGGCUGGUACCUCUACUGCCUGUACAUGAGAGCCCUCUACUCCGGGACCCUCACCGCCGUCCUGGCCCUCCCCGUCUACGAGAAGCCUAUUGACUCCCUCGACGACCUUCUGGCAGCCGCCGAGGAAGGCUUCUACCCGGUGACCAUCAGCGAAAUCAGCAUCGACUUCUUAUUUCAAAAAGCCACCUCGGGUAUCUACUACGAAAUCGGGCGACUCAUGACGAGCAAGAAGAAUUACGUAAAGUCUUCCUCUCAAGGCGUGGCCACGGUAUUGCAAGGCCCAGCUGUUUACAUCGACGCCAGACUGAGUACGGAGAUUCAAAUGAUUCUCCAGGGUCGAGACAAAUUCUACUUCGGACGACAGAGUUUCUUCCCCCAAGCUUACGGGAUCGCCUGCAUGGAGGGCUCCGACUACAGGGUGCACUUCGACCGCGUGCUGGAGCGGCUGGUACAGUCAGGCCUGGUUGAGAAGUGGAAGCGGGAGGAGAUUGCCAAGCUAGGCGGCGAAGACUCAGGCGGGCAAGGCCAAAGGAGGGGACAGAUAAGCGCCAUCACCAUCACGCAUCUCCAGGGGGCCUUCUUUAUCUACGUGAUGGGCGUGGCCUUGGCGCUGACUGCCCUGCUGCUGGAGAGGACAGGCUGGCGCUGGCUGGGCUGUCUGAAGCCGCCAGCCGUCGUCGUCUACUAAAGUUAACAUGGAAGUCGAACAAAUGAGGAAGUGAAAUUUACGAGAAGCAGAAGAGAAAAAAACAGAGGAGAGGCGAGGAAAGGAAAAGUGUGUGAAGAGUAUUGAAUCACACACACACACACACACACACACACACACACACACACACACACACACACACACACACACACUUAUGAAACCCC